AUGACAAUCGAGAUUAGUAUGGCCGUAUGUAAGUCCAGAGGAACCCCAUGUGCCCGCCCUUGUUUCGAAUCGGCUCGAAAAUUAGAGCAGCCGUCUAUCGAGAUCUACGCGUCAGAGACAUCUGCUGUGAGCCAAGUCUCUUCAAAUAAAGCCAACCUGCGGUCACAACAACAGUCACUCAGCAAAAGUCUCGAAGCAAACAAGCGGGCGGUAGCGGUUGGAUUUCAGAAAACUAAUUUGUACAUCGAUGUGACUGAUAAUGAUUGGGAAAAAGAAGAUGGUACUGAGCAUCAAAACGAGCAGCUACAACCUAGUUCCGUUGUAAAGUCACGAAUGCGAAGCCAAGACCAGCCC